AUGUUCACCGGCAUCGUCGAAGACAUCGGAACCAUCAGUGAGCUGAACAACAAUGACAGCACCGGCGGGACCUCUAUGAGAAUCAGCAUUCCCGACUCGUCAGAGCUUCUCAAGGACUGCCACGAUGGCGACUCCAUCUCUGUUAAUGGUUGCUGUCUGACUGUCACUUCGUUCACAUCCAAUGCCUUCACUAUUGGCGUUGCUCCCGAGACCCUCCGGAUCACCAACUUGGGUGAUCUGGCAGUCUCUAGCCGCGUCAACCUGGAGCGUGCUGUGCGUGCGGAUACGCGCAUGGGUGGCCACUUUGUCCAAGGCCACGUAGACACCACGGCAGAAAUUGUCUCGGUGACACCCGACGGCAACGCGUUGACGUUUCGCUUCAAACCCCGAGACAAGGAGGUUCUCCGAUACAUUAUCUUCAAGGGCUUCAUCGCCAUUGACGGGACGAGCUUGACGGUGACCAAAGUCAACGACCAGGAGGGCUGGUGGGAGGUGAUGCUUAUCACCUACACCCAGGAGAAGGUCGUUGUCGCUCAGAAGAAGGCCGGCGAAUCCGUCAAUAUUGAGGUCGACAUGAUGGCCAAGUACGCUGAGAAGUCUGUUGCCGGUAUGCUGGGCGCCGAGGGAGGUCAAGCGAACAUCCCCCUGCUGGAGAAGCUUGUGAAACAGAUCAUCGCUGGUACGGGCUCGCAGUAG